CUCCCCCUGCGGGGCCCCCUCGGAUCCUGAUUGAGUCAAGUGGUUUACAUUAUAAUUCAGUAUUCGUUUUAAAGCUGAGCAAUGCCUACUGUUGAGAGUGAAGCCAAAAUGAAAACCAAAGCUCGUUUUGAGGAAUUGCUUAAGACCCACAGUGACCUAAUAUAUGAAGGAAAAAAGCUGAAGAAAAGAGUUACCAAAUCUGGAGAAAAAAUAUCAUUUGAUACCCUUCGAAGCAGUCUUCAAAAUAUUAAAGAAACUACAACUGAUGACUUAAGUGCUCCUGACUCUAAUAAUGUAAAGAGUAAGCGAAUCAUUAAAAGCAAACUAAAGAAUACACAGUCAGCAAUUGAAAAUCCAAAAGAUGAUGUUAGUACAGAGGAAGACAAGCAAGAAAAGGUGAAUGAAAAGGUUAUCAAAACAGGGAUUCAGAUGACACAAGAACUGGGUACUUUCGAGAAGGUGAAUUCCUUACAUCAGAGAACACAAACAAAAUCACAUCCAGAUGUUGCUCAACAGAAAAGUGAGGAUGUAGAUGAAGAAAGAGAAAAUAAUUUAGAUGAGGAAGAACUGAUGCAAGUGUACCAACUCCAGGUUGCUGAAGAAAUGGCAUAUGAGAUUAAGAAUAAAAUAAGAAAGAAGCUCAAAGAACAGUUGGCUUACUUCCCUUCAGAUACUUCACUUCAAGAUAACAAGUUGAGAAAUGAAAAAAAGAAGAAAAAGAAAAAGAGAACUCCAGUCCUAUCUAGAGCUGAAACAGGUCAAACAGUUGAAGGUGAGCAAAAGAAACAGUCUUUGGUUGGAGUAGUUACUUCAAAAUCUCAUCAAGAAGAUGAAAUAAACUCAAUAGAACAGAAUGCUGAAGACGACAUGAAAGAUGACACAAAUUCCAAGUCAAACAAGAAGAAAAAGAAGGCUAAAGCAGUUUUAGAUAUUAAUGAAGAUAUUGAUGGUGAUGGUGUUCAUGAAGUAACAAGCCGAGAUAGUCCAGUUAAUCCCAAACAUUCACUUGAAGAUGACCUUGUUUUGGGAGUUUAUAUUCAUCGAACAGAUCGACUUAAGUCAGAUAUUUUGAUUUCUCAUCCAAUGGUAAAAAUUCAUGUGGUUGACUUGAAUACAGGCCAAUAUGUCAAGAAAGAUGAUAGUGAACGGCCUGUUUCAUCUUACUACGGAAAAGAAAGUGUAGAUUAUAUUCUUCCUAUUAUGACCCAGCCAUUUGAUUUUAAACAGUUAAAAUCAAGACUUCCAGAGUGGGAAGAACAAAUUAUAUUUCAUGAAAACUUUCUCCAUUUAAUUCAAGAUUCUGAUGAAAGCCCUAAAGUUAUCCUUUUCUUUGAGAUACUUGAUUUCUUAAGCAUGGAUGAAAUUAGGAAUAACUCUGAUGUUAGAAACCAAGAAUGUAGCUUUCGAAAAAUUGCAUGGGCAUUUCUUAAGCUUCUAGGAGCCAAUGGAAAUGUAAACAUAAAUUCAAAACGCCGUUUGCAGCUGUUUUACCCACCUACUAAGACUAGAUCUCAAUUAAGUGUUGUUGAGGUUUUUGACUGGUGGUCAAAAUGUCCAAGAAAUCGUUAUCCUUCAACAUUGUAUGUAACAGUACGAGGACUCAAAGUUCCAGAAUGUGUAAAACCAUCUUACCGGUCUAUGAUGGCUCUUCAGGAGGAAAAAAAUAAUCCAGUACACUGUGAGCUUCUUCGUGAGCAAAGUUCCAUAGACAGAGAACCUGGAUUAGACAAUUCAAAGGAAGUAGUAGAGUGGAAGAGAUUGCCUGGACAGGCUUGUCGGAUCCCCAACAAGCACCUCUUUUCACUAAAUGCAGGAGAACGAGGAUGUUUUUGUCUUGCUUUCUCCCAUAAUGGAAGAAUAUUAGCAGCUGCCUGUGCCAGGCGGGAUGGGUAUCCAGUUAUUUUAUAUGAAAUUCCUUCUGGACGUUUUAUGAGAGAAUUGUGUGGCCACCUCAAUAUCAUUUAUGAUCUUUGUUGGUCAAAUGAUGAUCACUAUGUGCUUACUGCAUCAUCUGAUGGCACCGCCAGGAUAUGGAAAAAUGAAUUAAAUAACACAAAUACCUUCAGAGUUUUACCUCAUCCUUCGUUUGUGUACACGGCUAAAUUCCAUCCAGCUGUAAAAGAUCUAGUGGUUACAGGAUGUUACGAUUCUGUAAUACGGAUAUGGAAAGUAGACGUAAAAGAGGAUCCCGCCAUACUGAUCAGACAAAUCGACACUCACAGGAGUUUCAUUAACUCUCUUUGUUUUGAUAGUGAUGGUCAUCAUAUGUAUUCAGGAGAUUGCACAGGAAUGAUUAUUUCUUGGAAUACCUCUGUCAAAGUUAAUGAUGUUCAACAUUCAGUGCGUCACUGGACUAUAAAUAAGGAAAUUAAAGAAAGUGAAUUUAAGGGGAUUCCAAUAAGUUAUUUGGAGGUUCAUCCCAAUGGAAAACGCUUAUUAAUUCAUACCAAAGACAGUACUUUGAGAAUUAUGGAUCUCCGACUAUUAGCAGCCAGGAAAUUUGUAGGUGCAGCAAACUACCGGGAGAAAAUUCACAGUACUCUGACACCCUGUGGGUCUUUCCUGUUUGCCGGCAGUGAAGAUGGGAUAGUGUAUGUAUGGAAUCCAGAAACAGGAGAGCAAGUAGCCAUGUAUUCUGACUUGCCUGUCAAGUCACCCAUUCGCGACAUUUCCUAUCAUCCAUUUGAAAAUAUGGUUGCAUUUUGUGCAUUUGGACAGAAUGAGCCAAUUCUUCUAUACAUUUAUGAUUUCCAAGUUGCCCAGCAAGAGGCUGAAACAUUGAAACGCUACAGUGGAACAUUCCCAUUGUCUUGUGUACACCAUAUUCAAGAUGUUUUGUGUACCUGUCCUAAACAGGCUCAUCAAGGCUUGUUUCAGAUUGAUGACCAUGUCCACACUGAAAAUUCUUCAUUGAAGAUGCAGCAAGUGAAACAGAGACUUGAUUCUGUCAUGGUCAACAAAAAUAUUUCAUUUACUUCAACAUCAGCCCUGUCACAACAGUCUAAGUUAAAACAGUCAAACAUACUGGCUGCUCAUCAGAUUGUACGUCAGCUUGAUUUCACUGAGACUGGGAUCAUCAGUACACAGAGAAAACCAUGUAACUAUCAUGUAGAUACAGCACCAAUGGUAGUGGCUCUUUAUGACUACACAGCAAAUCGAUCAGAUGAACUAACCAUCCAUCGCGGAGACAUUAUCCGAGUGUUUUUCAAAGAUAAUGAAGACUGGUGGUACGGCAGCAUAGGGAAGGGGCAGGAAGGUUAUUUUCCAGCAAAUCAUGUGGCUAGUGAAACACUUUAUCAAGAACUGCCUCCAGAGAUAAAGGAUAGAUCUCCUCCUUUAACGCCCAAAACAAAAAACAAAAUUAAAAGGCCAUUCUCAGCUUUUCAGAAGCAGUCACUCAUUAAGGAGAAGCCUCAGGAUUCCAAACUGGCUAACAAGUUUAUGAAAUAUAAAGAGUUGUAAGUAUGAAGAUAAAAAGAAGCAAAUCCACAGGAAUGACUUAACAGCCUAAACUGAGUGGAAUUUCUCUUCUGAGUUCAGAACUCUUUUAUGCUUAUGAAGAAAGGAUCCAUCAUUUCUAAUGAAAGAAUCUAGAAAAGUCAGAGUGGGUAGAAAAAUUAAUGUGACGUUUUAAACUUCUUAUAAACCUUUCUGACUUUUGCUGGCAAAAGCAUUUGUACUUGUAGUGAUUAGUAAUUUCAUCACAAUUUCACUACCAUAUUGGCAAACCAAUAAAGAAAAAAUUACUGUUCAGCAAAUGUGAAUGAAA